CUCUCUAAGACGCACCACCGAGCCGUCAGCAGUUUCACUUUGCUUCAAAGAAAAACAGAUUCUCUUGACGCUCGUCCGGCUGAAGUCAGAAUAAUGAUGGAGUAUUGGAGGCAAUGCGCGCUGUGGUUAAUAAACUGCAAGGUGCUUCCAGCUAACCACCGGGUGACAUGGGAGUCCGCACAGGUAUUCGACUUGGCCCAAACCCUCCGGGAUGGAGUCCUCCUCUGCCAUCUGCUCAACAACCUGAGACCCCAGUCCAUCAACCUGAAGGAGAUCAACCUCCGACCGCAGAUGUCACAGUUCCUGUGCCUGAAGAACAUCAGGACCUUCCUGGCAGCAUGCAGCGACAUAUUCGGCAUGAAGAAAAGCGAGCUGUUCGAGGCCUUCGACCUUUUCGACGUCCGGGACUUUGGAAAGGUUAUGGACACACUCUCUAAACUUUCCCACACAAUGAUUGCACAACAAACUGGAAUCAGGCCCUAUCCAUCCGAAGAGAGUGUUGAAGAUGAGGAUAUCUACAACCACCUGGAGGACCUUAUAGACGAGAACGGGGUGGAGGAUGAGGAAGAUCUGUACGACUGUGUGUAUGACGAUGAAGAUGGAGGAGAGAUCUAUGAGGACCUGAUGAAGACAGAAGCCGUCCCUCCUCCGGCGUUCCAGAAGCAAGCAGAGACUGACAUCAGGAGUUGCUGUUUAACAGAGAUUAAGCAGACAGAGGAGAAAUACACUGAGACCCUGGAGUCUAUAGAGAAGCACUUUAUGACGCCCCUCACCAUGUUUCUAUCCAUGGCCGAGAUGGAAAAGGUGUUUGUGAAUAUCCCGGAUUUGGUUAAAGUUCACAAAUGUUUACUGGUGGAAAUCCAAGAGUCCAUCCACCACAGAAGUGCCCAGAACCUUUACCAGAUCUUCAUUACUUUCAAAGAGAGGUUGCUGAUCUAUGGGAAGUACUGCAGCCAUGUGGAAACAGCCAUUGCCAGUCUGGAUGACAUCUGCAAAAACAGAGAGGACGUACGCAUGAAGCUAGAGGAAUGUUCAAAGAGAGCCAACUACGGCAAGUUCACACUGAGGGAUCUGCUCGUGGUUCCUAUGCAGAGGGUCUUGAAGUAUCCCCUCCUCCUGCAGGAGCUGGUCAAACACACUCAUGAUGCCACAGAGAAGAGUAAUCUGCGGACGGCAUUGGAUGCCAUGAAGGACUUGGCUCAGUACGUCAACGAAGUCAAGCGAGACAAUGAGACUUUGCGAGAAAUAGAUCAGUAUCAGAAAUCCAUCGAAAACCUGAAUCAGCCUCUGAGUAAUUACGGGAGACCCAAAGGGGAUGGCGAGGUACGGGUGGCCUCGGUGGACAAACGAGCUAAACAGGACAGGCACAUCUUCCUGUUCGAUGCCGCGGUGAUCGUUUGUAAGCGGCGAGGGGACAACUACGAGAUGAAAGAGGUGAUCGACCUGCACCUCUUCAAGAUCACCAACAACCCCACAUCAGACAAGGAGAAUCGAAAGUGGUCCUACGGAUUCUACCUCACUCAUAACCAGGGCCAGAGUGGCUUUGAAUUCUUUUUCAAGACCAAAGAGCUGAAAAAGAAGUGGCUGGAGCAGUUUGGCAUGGCCAUAUCCAACAUUCGUCCCGAGAACGCCACUAACAACUUCCAUGAGUUUAAAAUGCACACCUUUGACAGGAUCACCUCCUGCAACUCUUGCCACAUGCUGCUGAGGGGCGUCUUUAACCAGGGCUACCUGUGCUCCAAGUGUGGUUUAGGUGCCCAUAAAGAAUGCCUGGGCCGCUUUGGCAGCUGUGGAAAAACAGAUCCCGGCUCCGUCAGAACUCAGGGCAAAGAUCGGGAUGCAGGUCGGCCCAAGAUGCUGGUAACCAGGAACUACUUUGGUGUGCCGAGCCCUACGUCUGGUCCAGCGCUCAGCAUCCAGAUGGGUGACAUCAUCGAAUUAAUCUGCGCCGACCUUCACAGCCCCUGGUGGCAGGGCAAAAUCCUGUCGACGAAAGAGGUUGGCUUCUUUCCAAGCGAUGCCGUGAAGCCGUGCCCAUGUGUCCCAAAGCCCGUCGAUUACUCCUCUCAAACUUGGUUUGCGGGGCCCAUGGAGAGGCUCCAGGCAGAGGCAGAGCUUAUCAACAGGGUCAACAGCACCUACCUGGUCCGCCAUCGCAGCAGAGAGUACACGGAGUACGCCAUCAGUAUAAAGUACAACAACGACGUGAAGCACAUAAAGAUCCUGACCAAGGACGGCUGCUUCUACAUCGCAGAGAACAAGAAGUUCAGGAGCAUAUUAGAGCUGAUUGAGUACUACAAACACCACUCAUUGAGAGAAGGCUUUAGGAGUCUGGACACCACACUGAAGUUUCCUUACCAGGAACCGGAGAACGCUGCUAUGCUCCGCCUCAGCCGGUCGGGUAGCAACAUGUUUACUCCAAAAGUGAUCGGCGUGGCGAUCGCACGGUACGACUUCAGUUCACGAGACACUCGGGAGCUCUCGCUGCAGGAGGGUGACGUGGUGAAGAUCUACACAAAGUCGGGAGCCAACGGCUGGUGGAGGGGCGAGGUCAAUGGCAGGGUCGGCUGGUUCCCAUCCACAUACGUAGAGGAGGGUGAGGAGUGAAAGGUUCAACAUGGGAAGAAGAUUUAAAUGAAGGAAGAACGGCAGCAGUGGAGUAAGCAAACUGUGAAUGCAACAGUAAAAAAACUGAGUGUGCUUCUUCACCGCUGCUCGCCCAAGUGUCACUUUUCAGAGGAAAGCAGACGGCUUCACUCUCCUCCGUGGAGCCCUGUUGCCGACGACCAUCCCAGAGGCCUUUGGGAGAGAAAAAGGGGCUACAGGAUUUUGCAGAUGCAAAGAUGCCCCAUCAUUUCUGGUUGACUCUGUGUGGCUAAGUGACUCCACCAAAUAGCAGCUUGCCUGUCAGCGGGGCACGAGCCCUCGCCAGACAUCCCUUCCUCCCUCCUCAACUUCAUACCUCCGUCCAUAAUUCACCCCGCGCUCCAGCCAGCCCCCAACUCCCACCUGUUUCUGCUUGCCAAGUCGGCCGUCGCCAGUCUGUCAAAAGUAGAUUCUCAAAUGCCUCCCCUCCAUUCAUGCACUCACCCAUCCAUCCAUCCAUCCUCACCACCACCCCCUGUGAGAAUAGAGUCAUCUGAGCUGGAAAGGACCCACACUGUACUGGUUUUUUUUCUCUUCCUUUCAUCCCCUUCUCUCUCUGAAGGGAUUUCAGUUAGUUUUGACCUUCCCUGUGUGUUGCUUCCACUAAUGCAGGUUGUUAUUGAUGACUUGAUGACCCAGAUUCACACACACACACACACACACACACCCACCCACCUCUCCUCCCCUUCAGAUUAUGAUCGCCUCAGACGCGCUCUUACAGGAGAUGGAAGAGAGGAAUGGCGUCGGAUAGCAUCGCUGCCCAGUGCCAGCAAUUGAUCGCUGUUGUUCCUAUUUUCCACCCACCUCCUACAUUCUUUAUCUCAAGCCCAGCCUCUCAUGUUUUUAGUUGUCUUGGCCGUUAGCGAUCCUCUGCUCUUAUCCUCUGGCAGCUCUGUCGACAGGAGCCCAUUCGCCGAGGGUUUAUCUUAUCGGAGGCAUUAGCGGCUUGUCGGGGAACAAGCCACACUACCUAGAAGCCACCUGUCCCCUUAACACAAAAAGAAAAGAAAAGAAAAGAAAAGAAAGGAAAGCAGUUGAAGAGUUCUGCUCUGGGACUUUUACUAUAACUGAUAUAUUGCUUGUUUUUUUUUUCCAAUUGAAGAGAACAAUUUGUGCAGAAACACAUGCAAUUUAGGGGAUUUAUUUUGGCAAGAAAACAUUUAUAUUAAAAAAAAUAUUUAUGGGUUAAGACACACAUACACAUCAAAUUUUCCUGCUAACUUCCCUCCCUCUCAUCCCCUCUCAUCCCCCUCUCCUAUCCAUCAUUUCACCCCCAGCCCCUGUAUACAUUAUGCACACUGUCUGCUUAAUCCACAGUGAAAGAGGAUUUUCCCACAUUGAAAAGGGAUUAAAAACCUUUUCAUUAAAACAUGCUGCACAAGUUACCUGAAUGUUAACACACGCCAUAAUGUAGCCACAGACAGAGUAAGAAGGUAGUGUGUACAGAAUCAGAUGGUGAUCAACUUAUGUCUGGAGGUGAAACCAGAAAAUCCACAGCAUUUGGCUUUGUGCAGCGAUGUUUUAAUCUCAGCCAGGAUGUAUAAUCUGUCUUUCAAAAAACAGUGAGAGAGAAACAAACUACAACCCAUACUUACAUGUUUGAAAUAUGUACAUAUUUUAUUUAAUUCAUGGUUUGUGAUUUCUGUUCACACAAUGAGCAGAAGGCAGGCAAACUCUUCGGUCUAGUCCUUUAAUGUUUUUCCUUCUUCAAAGCUGUUCUUUGGCUAUGUUUCUCAUGUUCCCCCUCACUCCUCAAACACUUUCACACACGCCUAAGCAUGGCAUUUUAAAAAGCCUCCAACUCUUUUCUGUGCAGGGAAUCUAAUAAUGCAGUGUGCAUAAAAUGCAAUAUCUGUCAGUGAAACACACAUCGGGGUCGUUUACUAAGAGGCAGCAUUCUCUCGUUGACAACUUGAGUGAAAAAAUGUAUCAGACAUUGAAUAAAGCCAGAACUUUCAGAGCUAACAGAGAAGUAUAACUAUGUGGCUAAUUUGGGGAUCCUGUCUCUAGUAACAGCCCUCGGGGCAUCGCUUCCUUUCAAAGCUUUCAUCCUCCCCUGUGUUCAUUGUGUCCAUGCCAUUGAGAGUCUAUGUACGAAUUUAUUGUAGAUAGAGAUAUAAGAUAUGCUUUUGUAUUCACUAAAUGGAGCCAUUAUGUUUGAAAAUCCUUAAUAACACCCUGUUAGCCCUGCCACUCCAAGCCAUUAUGAAAUUUAUGAUGGUGUAUGUUUUUGUUCUCAGUCAUAUUGUUUAAUAGUGGACUGGAGAAAUGUGUCAAAAAGCGUCAUAUUAAUGUAUUUCUGCAUUGUGAGGUCCCUCUGUUUCCAAAUGAUCCACAGUGUCAUUAAGUGACCACUAGAUGGAAGCAUCCCAAACACAUCUCUUCCUCUCCUCCCCAUUCACCUUCAACUUGCUUAAGUUUGGAGAUGACAUCAUCAGAUUAGGAGGGAAACAAUAUUUAAGGAAGCAUUUAGCCUCAGCCUCAGACUUGUAGCUCUUAGUGAGAGGGAACAAAGACGACAUUAUAGACAAAAAAAAACAUUAGUUGAUCACACAAAGUUUAAGUUAAGUUAAGUUAAUUAAAGAAGUGAACAUGUUUUCAGAUUCCCUUACUUUCUUUCAAAAUGUCUUGAUAUUCCAGGAACUUCUUGUCUAGUAAGGUCCCUGAGGAUGGUAUUUCUCCUCCCCUCCUGUUUCCUAAAAUGUCUGCAGUCUCUGGGCAGUCAAACAUUACAUUUAUACCAUCUUUGGGAAAUCUGCAGUGAGGCGGCGGCACGAAUGCGAUCCAGUCUCUCCCGUCUCGGGAGAACUGGAGAGUCAGAGCAGGCUCUCUCUAAUCGCAGUCUCCGGUAAUCCACUCCCGCACUCCUCCUCCGCCCAGAUGAACUCUGACAGCGGGGCCGUUUACAACUGCAGGCCUUUCCUCCACUCCGAGUGCGCCUACAGAUUUUUUUUUUGCGCGCAGGAGGGACGGGAGGAAGGCUCAAGGGUAUCUGUGAUCUAAUCAUUACACCAUCUCCUCACCCCAGCGACCCCACUGCAUCCAUCUCUUCUGUCGGCUACUCUCUCUCUCUCUAUCUCACCAUGUCACUUCCCUUCUCUCUCUCUCUCUAUCUAUCUUUCAUCCAAUCUCUGUCUUCUCGGCUUCUCUCUGUAUUCUGUCCCUCAACCCGAUGUUCUGUAAGCUGUAGCUGUUGUACGUUGGCGGGAGGAGAAUAGAAGAUUCCGCAUUAUCAGGGGAGAGAGGCGGUCUGAUUCUCUAUGAACAACCACAGCAGAAUGAGGACCGUUUUUUAUUUGAUCACACAUUCACAAUAGAAAUGAUGCCAAUUAGAGAAUGUAUAGGACUCUGCUCUGACACCUGUUAUCUCCUCAUAUAAUAUACAGUGUGUGCACAGAUUAUGUCCAUAUGCAGCGGCACACCGCGUGUACGUGUGGAGAAACAUUUUGACAGGAUUUAGGGCUUGGCAGGUCUAAGCCCAGCAGGGGGCUUUAGAAUACAAUCUUCUUCACCAACAUAGGAAGAGGAUUGUGAAGUAACUUGAACAGAAACAUAAUACCACCCAUACAUGAAGAAAAUAUGUCAUAUAAUACUUCUUUCCCUCUGGGCUGAAAAUCCAUCCUUAAUCCAUUGACAGAUCAUCCACACCUCUCUGUGUUAUAAUAUUGCUGUCGGCGCUCACUGUGUUCUUGCUCCAUGUCCAUGUUCUGUUAUCCCUCUCAAGCCAAAGAUGUAUGCUGUACGUACUGUACACCCAGUGUUUGUGUCUCAUAACCACGGUACCCGACCGCUGUGGCCUAACUCUAAGACUGUGCAAUCUCGACUGUGUAGCGUUACUAUGUAUUGUUGCUGUACCAUACUGUAAAAUAUGUACAUAGCAUUGAAGAAUAUACA